UCCAAGCAGACACGUUGCCUGAGAUGUGAUGCCUCUCACUCAGCCCUUGAGCCAUCAGUGUGAUUGUAAGCCAAGUCCUGAGCUCAGCUCCUCCUCCUUAACUGAUGUCAUUGUAUCAGUGAACAGAAGGAAGAACAGCAGCCCAACAGCCAGGUCCACUUCCUCCAAAACACAGGGCAGUCACCCAGCACCCAUACUCACACACAGAGCACCCCUCCGCCUGCCAGCCAUGGACCUGGACACCAUCCUGGGCAAGCUGGAGACAGGGGAACAGGAACUGGUUCAGAAGACACUGACACAAUAUAACAAGGAGAAUUCACAGUGCUUUUUCUUCAGUACAGAACAAAGGGAGCAACGCAAGCAACACGAUUUGGCAGAGUUCAGGAAAAAGAAAUUCCGGGACUCGGUCCCUAAGUCUUUCUCUGACUAUGAUUUGGAGUUCUCAAAGGAUCACGAUCUGAGACUGCGUCAGAAACUUGGAGAGGUGGUGGUAAAGUUCUUGGAUCGGGAUCUACAGCCUUCGUGCCAGGUGGCCUGCUUGGAAACGAUUCGUAUCCUAUCCAGAGACAAGUAUGGGUUGUCCCCCUUCACCAGCCGCUCUGCAAUGCAUACCUUGGCCAAAUAUGCAGGUCUGGACUACUCAGACGAGUUAGAAGUUCCUCGAAUCCCAGAUAGUGAGAGCGUUGUUGAAGCUCUGAAGGGACUGUGUAACAUUGUAUACAACAGCGUGGAAGCCCAAGAGGUGGCCACAGACCUGCGUCUAGUGUGCGGCCUAGCUCGCCGUUUAAAAUUAUACAAUGAAACCCGAUCGUCUCAUGAGUGCAAAUUCUUUGACCUUCGUCUUCUCUUCCUCCUUACUGCCCUGAGGGUGGAUGUGCGUAGGCAGCUGGCAAGAGAGCUAAGGGGCAUCAGUCUUCUCACCGAUGCUUUGGAAAGUACCCUUGCUCUGAAGUGGUCCGACAUUUAUGAGGUUGUCACAGAUCGACUUGCUCCACCUCUGGGAAAAGAGGAAACCGAGAGGGUGAUGGAAAUCUUGAAGACCCUCUUCAAUAUCACUUUCGAUAUCAGCCGCAGGGAAGUAGACGAGGAAGAUGCAGCUCUCUAUCGCCACCUAGCGGCUAUUCUCAGGCACUGUCUAAUCAGGCAGAGUGAUGGGGAUGACAGAACAGAAGAGUUUCAUGGGCACACCGUGAACCUGCUGGUUAAUCUGCCUCUCAUGUGCCUUGAUGUGCUGCUGACACCCAAAGUCGAGCUUGGCUCGGUGGAAUACAUGGGGAUGAAUAUGGACACAGUAGAGGUUCUCCUUCAGUUCCUGGACAGGAGACUAGACAGGGGCCACAAGUUAAGAGAGACACUGACACCCGUCCUGAACCUGCUGACUGAAAGUUCACGUGUCCAUCGAGAGACUCGGAAAUUCCUCCGUGCAAAGGUUCUUCCACCUCUUAGAGAUGUGAAAAACCGUCCCGAAGUGGGAAACACGCUUCGCAAUAAGCUAGUGAGACUGAUGACUCAUGUAGAUACGGAUGUCAAGCACUGUGCCGCUGAGUUCCUGUUUGUCCUUUGCAAGGAAAAUGUGUCUCGUUUCGUUAAAUACACUGGAUACGGUAAUGCAGCUGGUUUGCUGGCAGUCAGAGGUCUUUUGGCUGGUGGUCGCGGGGAAGGUCAUUAUUCUGAGGAUGAAGACACUGAUACCGAGGAGUACAGAGAAGCAAAACCCAAUAUUAAUCCUGUGACCGGACGCGUUGAAGAAAAACUGCCGAACCCUAUGGAUGGAAUGACUGAAGAGCAGAAAGAAUAUGAAGCUAUGAAGCUGGUCAGCAUGUUUGACAAAUUAUCGAGGGAACAAAUCAUCCAACCAAUGGGAGUAACGUCUGAUGGAAGGUUGAAGCCACUAGAUGAGGCUGCCCAGAAGAUGCUACAGCAACAAGAGUCAUCUGACUUGGACUCUGACUCAGACUAGGACAUCUCAGGCGUUGGGCAAAUAAUCCAGAAGCCGAGCCAAGCACAAACCAAGCCGGAGAGGGAGAGUACAAGAAACCGUUAUACAGACACCACUACACAUAAGGAAUUUUAAAUCUAGAUUACUGUAGAUGUAUCUCAGAGACCUCAGCUAUAGAGCAGUCAAAAUGACACUCGCAGUGUUACAGGCUCCUUCUGGGGACUCUCCCAGGCAGAGAAGACCUUGAAUGUUUUUUUUAUCAGUUUGAGAGAUCACAUGUCUUUGAAAGACUUGCUGUUGAGUGCUUGCUGCACUGCUUAGAUAGAUGUCUUUUUCUAUGUAGGGAGCCUUCUCACCAAGUGAUGAAGAAUGAAGAAGUCCUUCGCUGCUGUUAAUGCACACAAUUUAUUCUCCAUUUCUGAGAGCAUACUAAUAAAAAAUGCAAAUCGCUUAAAUAUGUCUUGUCAUUAUGACAUGACGUUAGUUUUUCCCCCUAUUUUUAAGAAGGUCCUAAAUUUCUUGUAUACGGCUCAGCAUCACAUUGACCAUGGACAUCCAGUUCACCUCUCUUGUCCAUAAAAAAUUGUUGACCACCUUCAUGUGUAUAUUGAAGCUGUUUCACUGACUUCUAAGAGUUCCAUUAAUAGAGAAUUAUAAUACAGAUAGAGCGAUGGAUGUUUCCUUGUUACCCUCUGUGACUGCUGUGCAUUACAGCCAGUAAUGUUUUUAUAACAUUAUUCAUAAGACGGAUACAGUGUUAUUCAAGUGUAGUUCCCCUACAUUUAAGGCACCAAACGUAGUAAAGGGUCUGUCAUUAGAGAGACAGGAAAAAAUAUAGACAUGUGAAGAAGAAGUUACACCAGAAAUGACCCACCUGUGGUGUCUGACAAACUAUUGUCCUACACAUUCAGUCAUGGGCCAGCAGAGAAUUAUGAAGGUCAUAUAGAUAAACAAUUGCUUGAGUUAACCUCCAAUAUUAGGUACCAGCUUCACUCCCCCUAUCAUAAAUUAUUGGAUGUUUUAUUGAUGAAGCCUCUCAAAAAUUCUAAAUGUCCCUGACCAAAAACUAUUUCUAAUGCCGCCUCUUCUAUUUAAUAUUGAGUUACUGUGAAUGAUCUUGACUGUUAAUCAAUCUAUUAUACUGCCAUUUUCCUAUAUUUGGUGAAAACACAUUUUGAAUAUCUAUAGAACACAACCUUCUUUGAACAUAUAUCAAGUGACUGUAAUUUAAAAACAAAUAUCUUUAUAGAACGAACAACCAAAGGACUCCAAAGGUUCUACUGCUUUUUGUACAGGUAGCAGGUUGCAAUGUAUCAUUGUGUUUUUUUUGUUUUUUUCCCUUUCAAAUGGUUUUGUCAUUACCAACAGGUCUAAUCACUAACGUGAGACUUCAAAGUGAAGUGUAGCGACACUGAAAGCACAGCUGAUUUAGAGAAGUUUUCCAUUUCAGCCACUUUUACAUAAAUUGUAAAAUCACCAUGAGACUCAUACUUUAGUGAUUAGCACUGUAUACUUUUCAUCCCAAAAAAUCUGCUGAUCUGAUGUUGAAGAACUAAAGAUGAGUUGACCUUUAGUAAAUAUGUAACGCUCUCAUGGUUGUUCAAUAAAGGGUGAAUUAUCAGAAACGAAUUCUGGGCGAAUAGCGCCAAGCUGAAUACAUAACUCCAGUUCAGCCGAUUUUUGUCCUAAAUUUGUAAAUUUUAUUUGAAUUGACUUUUUGAAAUUCUGGCAAUCCACAAUUUAGUUUGCAACCCUGUUUGAGUGUCAGAAGGAUGAGCAAGGCACUCAUAAUAGUCAUAAUUGUCAUGCGAUGAUGAUUUCUAAUUCAGGUUUGCACUGAUUGCAAUUGUGUGCCGGUGUAUUUAUGUUUUGUGUCUUCCUGUGUUAAGAGGUUCUAUUACCAUUUCCUUUUAGCGAAUCAGAGCUAAGUUAAAAAGAAAAAUGCGGAUACUAUCACUUUUUAAUCGGCUUUAAAGAUUUCUCCAAUUAAAAUAAAAACAAAAUUACUGAGAAUGA